CCUUCAUAGGGCAAUUAGGCAGGUCUAGAACCAAUACACUUCUACAAUAUAACUGCAGAAAAAUCCCCCAAUUUUGUAACUCCCCAAAUGUCCACUGCAGUCUGCAAAAAUACCCAUUUCCCUCCAAAUCGAAAAUUCACCAAUUCCCACCAAAAGUUUCGAAAUUUGCUUGAUUUAUCCCCCAAAUCCUUCAAUUUCCAUUACAAUUUGAAGUACUAGGCGCUAACUUUCUACAUCUCGCACCACUACUUUCUCUCUCUUAUGCUACUGAAGCUACCAUGGAUGGAAAUAUGAUUGCGGUCAUAGAUGGAAAGAAUGGACUUGUUGAAUGUGAUAGCAACAGGAGCAAGAAGCGGUCUAUAGCGUGGGAUCAUUUUGAGAAGUUACCUGCUGAGAGCAAGAGCGAAGGAAAAGCAAAGUGCAUACAUUGUGAUGGUAUUUUUAGUGCUACUCCUAGGAGUGGAACGUCUCAUUUAAAGCGUCAUGUGGAAAGGUGUGCCAAGCGUGCUGCAAUUGAUGUGCAACCUAUCUCAACGAGCUAUGGAUUUGGUGAGUUUGAAGGUAGCGGGUCUAGUGUCAAGCUUGGGAAAAGGGUUUCAAAGGUAUGGUUUGAAUAUGAUUUGUUCCCAGCUCCUAAUAUGAAUGAUGCAAAAGCCAAGUGCAAGCACUGUAAGAUGGUUCUCUCUGCAGCUUCCAAAAAUGGCACAUCUCACCUAAAGCGUCAUUUAGACAAGUGUCCAAGGCGUGUGACUUUUACCGGUAACAUAGAACAAUUCUUCCUUACAAGUGAGAAUCUAGUUGAAGGAAACGACUUAGAAAAGACACCAAAAGAUGAAACUGCAACUGGUAAAACAAAACACCUUUCAGCAAUCGGUGAGAAUCUGGGUGAAGGAAGCAAAUCGAGAGAAAAUAGCCUGGUUGAUCAGGAUGAGCUGCGAAGAUAUAUAUCAGUUUGCAUUAUUAAAGGAGCUCAUCCAUUUAGCUUUGUGGAAGAGAGAGGCUUUAGAUCUAUGAUGUCUAAAGCGUGUCCACAAUUUAAGCCAUUCAGUCGGACAAUUGUCAGAAGAGAACUGUUUUCUAUGUAUUUGAAGGAAAGGGACAACAUAAAAGAAAUGUUAGCAAAGGCUCCAGGCCGCAUAUGUCUGACAGUUGGUAAUUGGAAAGCAAGAGACACAAAAGACGAGUAUAUUUGUGUAACAACACAUUUCAUUGAUGAGCACUGGAAGUUGCUGAAGAGGGUUUUGUGUUUUAAAGCUUUAGCACCCCCGUAUGACGGAACUUACAUCGCAGAUGAAUUGGCAUGUUUAUCAUCACAGUAUAACAUUGAACGUAAGACCUUCGCAAUCACAGUGGAUGAAGCUUCUUAUGAUGAGUCAACAGUGUCUUCUAUUAAAAGAGGUCUUCUUACGGAGAAUUCUCCUGUUAGUGGUGGCUCUUUUUUCCAAGUUAAUUGCUAUGCUCAUUUAUUGAACUUUCUUGCACAAUCUUCCUUAAAGUUGGUUGAUGAUAUUGUUGAGAGAGUCCGUGAAUUGGUCAAGUAUGUCAACAAGUCACCACUUCAAAGGAAGAAGUUCUUUGAUCUGGCUGAGAGGACGUUUGAAUUGCAAGCAAAGAAAAGGCUGAGCCUUGACGUGGUGCUUAGAUGGAAUUCCACAUAUAAGUUAAUUGACCGCACUCUUUACUAUAAGAAUGUUUUCAAGCAUCUUCUGGAGUCAAAGCAAGAACUAAUCAACUUGGCUCUUUCUAAAGAAGAGUGGCAGAAGUUGAGCAUUAUUCACAAGUUCCUGAGGGUUCUUUAUGACGUAACUCGCUUGUUUUCAGGCACUAGUGGGCCAACAUCAAAUUUGUUGUUGAAGGGGAUGUUGAUGAUCCAUUGCCGUAUGAUGGAUAUAGUAAAAGGUCCAAACCCAUUCUUGGCUCAUGCUGUUGAAGCUAUGCAAGCUAAAUUUGAUGAUUUCUGGUGUGAGAAUAGCUUGAUUUUAUCUUGUGCUGCAAUCUUAGAUCCACGCUACAAGGUAAAAUUUGUGGAAUAUUGCUAUAUGAAACUCUUUGGCCCGACUAAUUUCGAGGACCGUGUUAGUAAAGUUGUAAGCACUCUCUACUGUUUGUUUGCUGAACAUAAGCGGCAAUCUAUACACUUUUCCUCUCCAGCUAUGGGGUCUUCUAGCGUUAAUACAAACUUUGUUGGAGAUGAUGAGGGAGACAUGUUUGGGGACUAUGAUCAAUUUCUGAGCUCAGCAUCAAGAUCACAUGGAAACAAGUCUGAAUUGGAUCUUUACCUGGAAGAGCCUAGUUAUGAUUUAAAUUCUGAAUUAGAUGUACUAGAAUUCUGGAGUAGAAGCUCGAUGAGGUAUCCUAACCUUUCAUUGAUGGCACGGGACAUUCUAUCCAUACCUGUUUUCACUGUUAAUUCCAAGGAGGCAUUUACCUUUGGGAGUAAAACAUUGUCUUCUGUUCAAAGCUCCGUUCUGCCCGAGACACUUCAAGCUUUAUUAUGUCUUCAAGAUUGGCUAGGUGCAGAAGAUAACUCUGAUGACCAGACUGUUACAGCUGAGGAUCCUAGUGGGUCAAGUGAAGAUGCUGAAUAUGAUGAUGACGAUGAUGAUAGUGUACUUACUGAUUCUUUUUAGGUAUUGAAGCAGCCUUGACGAUUCAGGAUCAUUGUUGCUUUUCUAGCACUACUCUUUCUCCAUAUCUUCUUGUAGUUGAUUAGCCAUUCUGUGCAGUAUGCGGUCACUUUUGUUAGGUGCAAGCUGUCUCUGUUACUCUGAUGUAUAUUCUUCUUCCCGCUAUAUAAGGUGACGCUAAGUGAGUUUUAAUCCAUGUAAGGUGUUAGAACGUCAAUCUUUGUCAGCAUCAGCAAUAAGCAUUGUUUUAUCAUUUCUCUAUGAUAUCAUUAGAAGCUGUUCUACAAUGGUUAAGGUAAGAAUAUAGUUGACUUCUUAUUUCUUA